AAUAAUGCUACUGUUCCUGGGAUAUUUGGUAGCUCGCGGACUCCAGAAGUAAAGUACUUUCAAUCUUUUUACCAGUAAAAAAAAAAGCAAAAAAGGUUAUACUUCGUAUUCCAAUCCAUCUUAAGCAAUUAGUGGCUCAAAUUUCCUGGGAAUUCGUUUUCUUCGAACGUCUGUCCUGAUGCUAAAUAUACCUGGCUGAAAUGUUGAAGGGGUUGUUCUUUUUCCAAGUCUUCUUGUAUAUUAAUGACUUCUGUUCAUCUGAGUUUGUUCAGGAGAGAUUAAAGUUGGCUAAGAAAAUUAGGAAAGGCCCAUUCAAUUGCUUAUAAUCUGUUUGCUUUCUUUUUUCUUCCAAUGGGUGACCACUCAGCUCAUGAACCUCUUCUUUUAAGAGAAGAUGAUAGAUUUGGCUAUGUCAAGAAGACAUCCUUUUGGUUAUCAUCUGUCAAAUGGAUUCUCAAAGUUUCAAUGUGGGUGAUUUUCAUUGCCUGGGCUACUUUUCUUUUUGUGUAUCCGUUGGAAUCUGUGACUGAAUUGUUUGACAAAUGGAUUGAGGCUACACGUGGGACUGUGUUUGGGCUCACAGGAAGUAUAUUUCUGCUGUUUAGUGGCCCAAUUCUCAUCAUUGCAUUUCUUGCUAUAAUACUUCUCAUCAUCUCUGGAGAAGAGGAACUCCAUGAGAACACUACAAGAAAAGCACGUUUCCGCUUGUGGACAUUCCCAGUUAUCGUGGAUGGGCCAUUUGGGGUUGUUUCUGCUGCAGAGUUGAUUGGGAUUGUCCUCUUUUCUGUGUAUGUCAUAUGGGCAGUUACCGUCUAUACCAUAAAGAACCAGAAGAUUAUAUCUUCCUUUGACUUGCAUUCCAAAGAGAAAAGUGCUAUGAUGCUGGAAUUGACAGGACUUCGCUUCGGUUUGAUUGGCUUGUUUUGCUUGGCAUUUUUGUUUCUGCCAGUUGCAAGGGGAUCAGUUCUUCUCCGAGUUAUAGAUAUCCCUUUUGAGCAUGCAACCAGAUAUCAUGUAUGGUUGGGACAUCUCACACUGUCGUUGUUUACUCUUCAUGGCCUAUUUUAUGUAAUUGGUUGGUCAAUGCAGGGACGUCUCCUAGAAGAACUUUUGCAGUGGAAAAAUAUUGGUAUUGCCAAUCUUGCUGGAGUUAUCAGCCUUUCAGCUGGUCUAUUGAUGUGGAUUCCAUCACUUCCUUCUGUAAGGAGAAUAAAUUUUGAAUUAUUCUUCUACAGCCAUCAACUAUAUGUCGUCUUUGUUGUCUUCUUGGCCUUGCAUGUUGGAGACUUCAUUUUUACAAUGGCUGCUGCUGGAAUAUUUCUCUUCAUGCUCGAUCGUUUUCUUAGAUUCUGUCAAUCACGGAAGACUGUUGAUAUACUUUCAGCCACAUGCCGUCCUUGUGGAACAGUGGAACUGGUUGUAGCCAAACCUGCAAAUCUUCGGUACAAUGCUCUUGGUUGGAUUUUCAUUCAAGCUCGAGAAUUAUCUUUUCUGCAGUGGCAUCCUUUCAGUGUGUCCUCUAGUCCGUUGGAGGGUAAAAAUCAUCUUUCAGUUCUCAUAAAGGUUCUUGGUGAAUGGACAUCAAAACUGAAAGGACAUAUCUUGAAUGUUUCCAAGGAUGAGCCUCAGACAGGGCUACUCCUCAAGCCUCAUUCCAAGAUAACGGCUUCUGUAGAGGGGCCUUAUGGGCAUGAAUCGCCAUAUCACUUGACGUAUGAAAACCUCAUUCUAGUUGCUGGAGGCAUUGGAAUCUCACCAUUUCUAGCUAUCUUGAGUGAUAUUCUCCACCGUAUAAAGGAUGGUAAACCUUGUCUGCCCAAGAAUGUAUUGAUAGUCUGGGCUGUGAAAAGAUCAAAUGAGCUUUCACUUCUUCACACUGUUGAUAUGGAGUCAAUCUGCCCAAUGUAUUCUGAUACACUGAAUCUUGAGAUUCAAACUUAUGUCACUCGAGAAUCUGAACCUCCACUGGAAGAGGGUAAAGUUCAAGAGUCUGUAAACUCUCCUAUCUUUCCUGCCACCAAGAGAUGUGGCAUGUCAGUCUUGGUUGGUACUGGGAAUAUUGUAUGGUCUGGAAUUUAUGUCGUGGCAUCUACGAUUGGUUUGGUGAUCUCUGUCAUCGUGUUAGAUGUCUUUUACAUAAACCCCUUCAAUAUAACUUACUGGUGGUACAAAGGGCUUCUUUUUUUAGCAUGCAUGAUGGCAAGUGUUCUUAUCUUUGGGGGUCUUGCUGUUGGUUUAUGGCAUCUUUGGGAAAGAAAAACUACAGCAAUGGAGGAAUCGGAGGAAAAUGAGAAGAAUGGCUAUACGCAUAGUGAGCCUGUGAUGCCUAAGGAUCCAUGCCAGGGAAAUGCUGCUAAUACUAUUCGGUAUGGUCAGAGACCAGACUUCCAAGAAAUAUUUGGAACCAUAUCAGAGCGCUGGGGCGAUGUCAAUGUUGGCGUCAUUGUGUGUGGUCCUCCAACUCUUCAGGUAACUGUUGCUAAAGAGUGCCGGACACAGAAUUUAAGGAGAAGAAACAACCACCCAAUCUUCCAUUUCAACAGCCACAGCUUUGAUCUGUAACUGCAACCAUAUAUCAUCUAUGCACUGUCCUGUUUGCGUAUGCAAGAAUGAUCCUACCCUAUGAACCUCCUGCUUCCCUGCUUGUCAAUAGAUGUAAUAGCAAUGACUCAUGUAUAUUGAUAAGUUCUAAAUGCAAUUAUAAUUGUAUAGUUCACUACAUAAUAUAGUAGGAAUGAAUUUGAGUACUUAAGAACUAGAAAAAGGUGCCAUCUAUUGUUAGACAAAUCUUUGCAUUGAUCAUUCCUUGAGUGCAAAUGAAUCAGAGAAUUCAAUGCUUCUGAUUUUUUUUUUCUUUUUAGGGCACAUUAAAAUCCUAUUUCGAAACUAUUUUUUUUCCAAUGAUGACUUCCUUAAAUUACCAUUCUAC